ACAGAACACUGGGAAAAACUACUAUUACCAGAAUGCACAGCGCUCCAUCUUGGUGACGUGUGCACUGGGAUACACGUGCUUUGUGUGAGACUCGCCGGUCGAGUUCAUUAUCAUCCAGCUUAUUGUACUAAACUCAAAAUGUCAGUGUUUCAUGACGAGGUGGAGAUUGAAGACUUUGAAUACGAUGAGGAAACAGAGACAUAUUACUACCCCUGUCCAUGUGGUGACAGAUUUAUCAUUUCUAAAGAAGACCUAGAAAAUGGUGAAGAGGUUGCCACAUGCCCUAGCUGUUCCUUGAUAGUACGAGUUAUCUAUGAUAAGGAAGAGUUUAUGUCUGGAGAAAUAAUAGAACCACCUUCUGCAAACAAAGUAGAACUGGUACAGAGCUGAUUACAGCACAGUCCUCUGCUCUCCUCGCUGAUGAAGAGAGACUGGUUGGAACUGGGAGGACUAUCACACUGCAGGCCAGUGGAAUUGCUUGGAUGUGACUAUGGCUGCAUUAUGGUGUUAAAUGCGGAUUCAGAUUUGUCAUCAGCAUUGUAGAGAAAUGACUCUGGACACUAGACAGAAGUUUUGACCAUAUCUGACCACCCACUACAGAAUGGACAUAACAUUGAGAAGAUGCCUCAUGGGUUCAGCUGUGCAAUCCAGUUAAACAAACUUGUAAUUAUUAUAUUUAACAAUGUAGGUAUUGUCUCUGAAAAUGCUACCAAUUACAAAUGCAUGCAAUCCCGGUCAUGUGUUCUGCAUAUCCUUGUAUGCCAGUUUCACAAUGUGCAAUACUGUUGAUCUGACAGACCUUGUAGAGGGAUGGUAAUAGGGGUUCAGUUGGUGGGUGCAUCUGUAUCCCAAGUUGUGGUACAAGUUACUGGUACUGAUUUUUCAAAAAUGAAUUGGGCAUUUUGGAGAACAGACUUCCAUCUCUGGAAUUAUCGAAGGAAGUCACUGAGACAUGGUCAUGUACCCCCACGGAUCGAUUUAAACGCCAUGCAGACUUUUCAGGCCAUAUUUUCAAAGUGCUUCUUUAAUUAACUCCUAUUUUUUGAAAGCAGAAUAAAACAUGUUAACAAGGAUGGAAAUUAAAAUCCCUUUGUCACUGGCAUGCUCUAGCCAUGUUGAACCUUACCUGGGUCGCGUCCCUGUGUUACUUGUGUCGGUUAGGUGUUUUCACACUGCAUUCUGAAGAAGCAGAGUCAACCUGGGUGACAGAAGCAAGUACACAAUGCCCUGGAAGCAGCAACAUUCACGUGACCACACUGGCGUCCUGUGAAUUCCAGCUUGAGCCAACCUUCGCAAAUUGUUUGGAAGAUGUGCUUGUUAAGGACGCUUCCAUCCAAGCUUCUCUGGAUUUAAUCGUCGGCUCAAAUGUUGAUUAGAGCAAAUGUUUCUUAAUCACUCCAUGCCGUCCCUGCAGUAAUCUGGCUCAUGGUGUGUCUAAAUCAGCAUACCGUGAACAAACAGAAGUCACAAAGUCCUUGCGGAAGUGAAACCUUCACGCAGGCGCGGCUGUUUGUUAUUUCCUCCGAUUUACAUGCGGCCAUCAUGCAUUUUGUCAUGCUCGACCCUGGUUAGUGUGUCGACCUAGCUGGGUUGCUCCUGACCCAGGUUAAGCCAGGGUCAACCCGGGUACGUGGUUUCCUUGCAUAGCAGUUUGAUCCAUUCCUGGUUUUACUACAACUUUAAUAAGACAUACCUGAUCUUGUUACCUAUAGA